AUGCUCGGCCACGACUACGCGGCUGCUGCCGAUAUCUAUUCAUUCGGCAUCGUUCUUGCGCAGCUGAGCUCGCUUGAGACCCAGCCAUACGCUUUCGAGCCGUGCAGCCGCUACCUCCUACCGUUUCGAAUUGCCCACGAAGGGCUUCGUCCUGCGAUGCCCUCGACGUGUCCCCAGUGGUAUGCAGAUCUUGUCGCGGCCUGCGUGCACACCGAGCCCGACGCGCGGCCGACAGCGGAUGGGAUUGUCGCGCGUCUCCAAGCCCGUCUUUCGGCCGGUCUGCGGCGGAUUGACGACAAUGAGUUGGUGGAGCAUACGCUCGUCGCGUCCAGUCGAUCCAGCAUUGUGAUCCACGGAUCCCACGUCGGGUCGCCGGUGGCGAUCAAGUACUUUCUUCAACGGACACCGCGUCAGGUUAACGAAAUUGUCGAGCGCAUGGCGGCGCUGCAGUCGGCGCACACAGUGCCGCUGCUUGGUGUGACCUCGGCGCCAGCUCUCGUCAUGCGCUACAUGCCGUUCAACCUCCGCACGUGGCUCCAAGACGGACCGAUUGGGUGGAGGCGGACACGCCUGGUGGCGCUCCGACUUGCCGAGGCCAUGGCCUUCCUCCACAAUGCCGGUGUCGUCCACGGGCACCUUGUGCCAACCAACGUGUUUCUGGAUGCUGACGACGGGGUCCGGCUCAGCGACUUUGGCGUGGACCAUGACGAGCUUGAGUCGAGUACGAUCGACGAUGACGCUGCGGGGUUUUGGACGGCGCCAGAGAGGCUUCAAGGCGAGGCCGCCUCUGUCGCAGCAGAUGUCUUUGGAUUGGGUCUGCUUUUCGCCCUUCUCGAAACACAGCAAGAGCCGUAUGGCAGCAUGCGCGAGAAUGCUUCUUGCCGCCUCAUGCAAAUCGUGGCCGGCAACCUGCGCCCGUUGUUUACUAGCUCGUGUCCUCGGUGGUACAGCCACCUCGCGCUCGAUUGCAUGGCCCACGACCCGUCGCACCGCCCGACGGCUACACAAGUCGUUGCGACACUGGUUUCCAAUGUAGAAGACUUUCUUUGA